AUGGGUAAACCACGCGGAGCUCGCUCGCUGGCUGAUCAGCUCGCUGAUUUCGAAGACCCUACCCCUAAAGACUUCGAUCCCGAAGACAUCGACAAUGGCGCACAGUCGAGCGACGAGGAGAGUGGAGAUGACGAGGAAGUGAACACUGGACGGGAGCACUACGAGAAAGUAGGAAAAGCAAAACUCCGCAACGACGACCCCGUGGCCCUUGGAAAACAGUAUGAUGGUGCUCGCGUCAGUCGCGAUGCCUUAGGAGAGGAUAGUGAUGAUGACCCUUUCGCUGCUCGUUCUGGUGACGGCGACGAGGCCUCCGAAAGCGGUUCGGAGGAGGAAGAGGAAGAAGGCUCAGACGAUAUCUCCGCAAUCGACUCCGACGAUUCUGCUAUUGAUGAGGAUGCAUUGGCUCAGGAGGACUCCGACGAGGACGAAGAGGGCGAAGAAGACGACGAGAGCGAGGAGUCCGACGAGGAUCUGCCACGGAAGAAAUCCAACAAGAAGUCUCCAGCUGUCAAACAUAGCGAGGUUUCCGGCGACCGCGACGAGAUUCGACGACUGAUGGCGACUGAUCAGAAAACUAUCGCAGCUACCAUUUCCUCCGCGGCCAAGGCCGAUGCCACCAAGGGAAAGGCUGUCAAGCAACAACGUACCACUUUCGAUGCGCUUCUGAAUGCUCGUAUCAAGCUGCAGAGCGGGUUGACGUCUAUCAAUGGUAUUCACGCUGUUUUGGGGGCGAGCAGUGAGGAGGGAGGGAAUGCGACCGAGCAGGAAGAGGUUGACGAAGAAGCGAUCAAGUCUGCAGAGUCCGCGGCCAUGGCAUUAUGGUCUACUCUCGAGGGUCUUCGCACUGCCCUGGCUGACGCUACUGCGAAAGAAGGAAGCAAAAAGCGCAAGAGGCCUUCCCCUGUAUCCCCCACUACCCCUACAGCCUCCCUUUGGGAACGCAUGAAUGAAGUGGAAUCCGAAUCCCUUCCUCAUCGCCGCUCCAUUCUCGACAAGUGGUCCUCCAAGGUUCGGGGCACUUCUGCCGCCCUCCCCAACAGCAGGGGUAAAUUGCUUGGCUCCGCCAGUCGCCAGCAAACCAUCACAGCAGUCCUGGACGCCCAGGUCGCAUCGGAAGUCGGUGAACGUCCCUCCAAGCGCUCGCGCUCGGACCAACAGGAGUCAUUCUUCGACGACAGUGCUUUCUACCAGUCUCUUCUCCGCGAUCUCGUCGAGCAGCGCAUGACCGGCUCCGACGGCGCCACCAGUGGCUUUGACAACCUGCAUCAAUUGCCCACCCGUCUGCCCAUCCACCCUGUGACCGGUAUGCGUAACGACAAGGUCAAGCGAGAUAUCGAUACCCGUGCCUCCAAGGGCCGCAAGAUGAAGUACACCGUGCAUGAGAAGCUGCAGAACUUCAUGGCCCCCGAAGACCGUGGGUCGUGGAGCACGCGCGCACGCGACGAACUCUUCGCCUCCUUGCUUGGCCGAUCUGCCAGUGGUCUCCUUGGCGAGGGUGACGAGAGCGGCAGCGACGAAGAGGACGAUGCCGACCGCGAGGAAGGAGGCCUGAGACUCUUCCGCAGCUAG